AUGGCUUCUACUUCAUCUGGCAAAAAGCCCACUUAUAUAGAAGCAUUUCUACAAUGGGGUUUCACAAGCAUCGUAGACAAAAAUAUAGAAAAGCCUCAGAAAAAGGAGAGGAUUCUGAAGUCUUCCCGCAUGGAUUCUACAGGCAAUAUACAGAAAGCAAAUGAAUCAUGCCUUCAAGCUUCAUACAAAAUUGCUUAUCGCAUCGCACGUAAUAAAAAACCACACACUAUAGGAGAGGACCUCAUCAAACCUUGCUUAUUAGAUGCAGUAGCACUUGUUAUUGGUGAGCAACAUGUAGCUAAGAUUAAACAAAUCUCACUCUCAAACACUACUAUUCAAAGUCGCAUAUGUGAAAUGAGUGCCGAUAUUCUAGCAACCGUUAUUUCUGAAAUAAAGGAAAGUCCUAUGUUUGCGCUGCAGUUGGACGAGUCCACAGAUGUUGCUUCGUGUUCACAAUUAUUGGUGUUUACACGAUACAUUAAAGAUGAUGAUGUAAAGGAGGAAUAUUUGUUCUGCAAGUCUUUGCCCACUACUACUCGCGGCGAAGACGUAUUUCAAACGCUAAAAGAGUUUAUUGAGGAAAAUGGCCUAGACUGGUUAAAGCUGAUUGGUACUUGUACAGACGGGGCGCCUUCCAUGAUGGGCAUCCGUUCUGGUUUUCAGGCACUCGUGAAACAAGUUGCUCCUCAAGUUUUCGGCUAUCAUUGCUUGAUACACCGUUACGCUUUGGCUGUGAAAACGCUUCCACCAGAUUUGCUAAGCACGUUGAGUGACAUAGUAAAAAUUGUUAAUCAUAUUCGAGGCAGCGCUACUAACUCAAGAUUAUUCAAAGUUUUGUGCGAUGAAGUUGGUGCUACAUUUAAUGCUCUUUUGUACCAUACAGAGGAUAAAAUCGCAAGCUUUUUGCGCAAAUUGGAACUUUACCAAUGCAGAGUUCAAGCUGGUGAUGUGUCAAUGUUUACACAACUAAGUGAGCAAUUAGUAAAUAAUAAACAAGAGAAAAUCACGUUUGAAAAUUCCGUGGUUCAACAUUUAACUGCCGUGAUAGACUCACUGCAGCAAUAUUUUCCGAACAUGGACAGUCGUGAGUCCUACUCCUGGAUUUUAAGACCAUUUUCUACUUGCGUCGAUAUUUUCAAGGACGAAGAUGUGUCAGCGAAAGUAGAGUUUCUCGGGCUGCGUGAGAAUAACUCAUUGAAAGUUGAUUUUCAAAAUGAUAAACUAAGCACAUUUUGGCGAAAAGCAGCUGCAGAAUAUCCCAUUAUAGCUGACAGAGCUUUAAAAAUGUUGAUUCCAUUUGCUACAACUUACAGAUGUGAAACUGGUUUCUCAACUCUUGUUACAUUAAAAACAAAAGCCAGAAACCGUCUGAAUGUUGAGCAUGACAUGAGAUGCGCGUUGAGUGAAACCGAACCUAAUAUUGUCAAACUUGCGAAUGCAAAGCAAUUUCAACCUUCACACUAG